CGGUGGCGCCACAAGCGCUGUAGUUGAGAAAAUGGCGACGCCAACAGCGAAGCUUCCCCGAAGGCUGCCUUUGCUCUUGAUCGAUGGCGUUCUUUUCCCAGGAGCUUCGAUACGAAUACCAGUCUCAUCGCACAAGAACAUGAACAUGGUGAAGCAUCAUCUUCUGGGACACAGCACUUUCAGCAGUGCCAUCAUAGGAGUGGUACCACGGGAAGAGAAUGAUUCACACGAGGAGGAGACAUGGUCUAUGCACAACUUGGGGACAGCAGGUAUUGUAGUCCAGGUGACAGGCACUAACUGGCCAAGGCCUUCAUACACGCUUCUAGUGACAGGCCUGUGCCGCUUUCGUAUUGAUGGCCUCAUCCAGGAGUCACCAUACCUUGUGGGAAAUGUCUCUCAACUUGACAAGUUGCCCGGGGAAGCUGGCUUGGACAUGGACGAUUACGAUGCGGAAUUGACUGAGCUGAUGAAUCAAUUUCGGGAGCAGGCCACGAAAUUAAUAGACAUGCUUGAUCUGUCUAUUCCUUCCAUCAUUCGACUGAAGCGCCUGCUAGCCUCUGUUCCUAUUCAGAGCUUGCCAGACAUAUGUGCUGCCAUUGUAAGGGCCACUCACGCAGAGAGGCUUCAAGUGCUGGAUGCAGUUGACUUGGCCGAGCGCUUCAAGAAAACACUUCCCCUGCUGAUUCGGCAAAUUGAAAGUCUUCAAUUUUUGCAUCAAGCAAAGAAAGAUGGGAGCACAUCACGCGCUUUUCACAUUGAAAAGGUUGGAUCACCUCAUCGACCGAGACAACAGCUGGAUAUUGAUGAUGACGAUUUUGAGGAAGGAGAUGAGGUUGGUUUGUUGGAGAAGAAAAUAAAGGCAGCUGAAAUGCCUGAUCAUGCUAGAAAGGUAGCAACAAAAGAAUUGCAGAGGCUGAAGAAGAUGCCACCACAUAUGCCCGAGCAUGCCAUGACAAGAAAUUACUUGGAGCUGCUCAUUGACUUGCCCUGGUCACAUAGUUCUCCAGAAGUAGUGGACCUUGCAAAAUCCAGGUCUGACUUGGAUGCUGAUCACUAUGGAAUGGAAAAACUUAAGAAGCGGGUUCUUGAAUACUUGGCUGUGAGGAAGCUGAGGAGCUCUCUGAAAGGUCCCAUCUUGUGCUUUGUGGGUCCUCCUGGUGUUGGAAAGACCAGUGUGGGACGUUCUAUAGCUCGCUCCUUGGGCCGCGAGUUCUACAGGAUAUCAUUGGGUGGAGUGAGUGACCAAGCAGACAUUAGGGGUCAUCGCAGGACGUACAUUGGUUCAAUGCCGGGCAGAAUCAUUCAAGGAUUGCGAACUGUUGGUGUCAAAAACCCUGUGUUUCUGCUGGACGAAAUUGACAAAAUGACCCCUGGAAUCCAUGGUGACCCUGCUGCAGCUUUACUUGAGGUCCUGGAUCCAGAGCAGAACUGUGCCUUCAUUGAUCACUACUUGAACAUUCCUUAUGAUCUUUCAAGUGUUCUGUUUAUUGCCACAGCCAAUACAGUUUCCACAAUUCCAGCAGCUCUUUUGGACAGGAUGGAGGUCAUUCCUGUACCUGGUUAUACUCAUGAGGAGAAGGAGCACAUAGCUCGAAACCAUCUCCUUCCUAAGCAACUGAAAGAGCAUGGUAUUACAACUGAUAUGAUGCAAGUGACCAAUGAAGCACUGAGAAAACUUGUGAUCAAGUACACAAGAGAAGCUGGAGUGCGGACGUUAGAGCGCAAGAUUGGUGCUCUCUGCCGGGCUGUUGCUGUGAAGGUGGUUGAAAAUGAAACAGUCUGUCCGGUGGCUCUUCAGCAGGAUCAGCUGUCCAACCAGAGUGCAGUAACGGUGGCUGUGGCGCACCCUCCCUCUCUGCCCAUUGUCAUUGAUGAAAUGGCCAUUGAAGGCAUUCUAGGGCCACCACAGUAUGACCAAGAGAUGGAUGCACGGCUUCUGCAGCCAGGUGUGGCAGUGGGCCUGGCCUGGACUGCAGCUGGGGGUGAGAUUAUGUUUGUGGAGGCAUCACGAAUGGAAGGUGAUGGGCAGCUGGUGCUCACUGGUCAACUUGGAGACGUCAUGAAGGAAUCUGCAAAACUGGCCCUUAACUGGCUGCGCAUUCAUGCUGACAAGUUCCACCUACCUGUGCAAAAGGGCACUGACCUGAUGGAGGGCACAGAUGUGCACAUACAUUUUCCAGCUGGAGCUGUUGGGAAAGAUGGACCUUCAGCUGGCAUCACCAUAGUUACAGUGCUGGUAUCACUCUUUACUGGCCGCACAGUCCUUCCUGACGUGGCCAUGACAGGCGAAAUCACUCUGCAAGGCUUGGUGCUGCCGGUCGGGGGCAUUAAGGACAAGGUGCUGGCAGCCCAUCGUGCUGGCAUGCGCAAGGUUAUACUGCCUAAGAGAAAUAAGAAAGACUUGCAAGAAGUUCCAGCAUCUAUUAAAGCGGACCUGUCUUUCUGUUUUGUGACUCACAUUGAAGAAGUCCUCCAGGAGGCAUUUGAAGGUGGCUUUCCUGACUUACCAAGCUCUGUUGAACAUGUGUUGAGCAAGCUGUAGCACUCUGUGUGGAACUGUUGGGAGUGUACUCAGUGGUGUGUAUUUCUGCAUAGCCGUUAUGCCACUAUACCUUUGCCAUCUUGAAAAGCUGGCAUAAGACUGGCCAUUAGCUCAUUGUAUAUUUUUGCUACGAGUUUCUUAUUUUUUAUACAUAAUGUUAUGUGUAGGGUGGUCACUGAUUGCAUAGUUGCUCUGUUUUCUGUGCCUCUACACCUUGUUCACUCUAAGAGCUUAUUCCCAGCUGAGGUAUGCUGAUCUUAAAUGUUGUUUUUAACUUUGUGUGGACAGUUCACAUUAUAUGUUGGAUGCAAGUACAUGUGUGAUUUGCACUGUUGGAUGCAAGUUUGGCCCUAUGUGCCCUGGCACCUGCUGCUUUUCUGCAGGACUUGUGGCUGUUAAACUGAUAGCCUUGUCCAUUGAUAAAUGUAUUACAAUAACUUUUUUGUUUGUCUUAUGUUUGUUCUGUCAAACUUCAUUGUAACAAUGUCAGAUCUAAGACGAAAAUACCUUCAUUAUAUCAAAUGAUUGUUUAAGCAUGCAUUUGUUACAUUCUGAUAUUGACAAGAAACAGUUUAGCUUUGCUUCAUUAUAUCCAGUAUGUUGUUACAUCAGUGUUUGUUAUAUUGAGAUUUUACUGUAUAAUUUAAACUCAGAUGCUAAAAUGCUUUUUAUUAAAUGAUAGGUAUUACAGCUAUGUCUGCAUCGAUGUAAAAUUGAAACUGUUAGGGCAUGAAACUUUUGCACAAAAUUGUAUUUUUGUGCUACGCAGCUUUUCCUUCAGAAGGGCCUUGCAAUACUUUUCGUAAAUAUAUUGUAAAUAAGCAAUCCCAAACACAAAACAAUCCUGUAUCAAACAGCUGCAAAAAAUAUGAUGCACCUGUAUGCAGCAGGGAGCAUAUUAGCAUAUCACUCUGUAAAUUGCUCAUGCUUUCCUGCAGCUUCUUCACACCCUUACCAAAAUUCAGUUAUCCCAACGGUUUAGUGGCAGUACCUUGCUCCAAUGGACAGUAUUUCGAAAUACAUCAUGAGAAAUCGUUAUUUUGGCAAAUGGAACGAAACUUUCAACAGUGCCAUCAUCAGUAACGCUAUCGUUCUUUCUGUUCUAUAGAACUUACGAAAGACAAUCUUCAUCAUCAUCAGCUCAGUGUUGCACUUCUGGUCAUCAUUUAGGGUUGCCUCAGUUAUUUCACCUUCUCCAUGGUGCAAGUUACAGCUUCGUUGACUGCCUAGCUUAAAAUAUGCUUGCUUUGGUUCACCUUUGUGCCUGUGAACUCGGGAUUGUGUGAACACAGGCCAAGGUAUUAGUGAUGGUUUUACUAGGUUUGUUGUGCUAAAACUGCAUUUUGCACUGCUUUUACCUUCAUCAUAAAAGAAAGUAUGGCAAGCAGACAUGGACACAGGAGAAAGGAAACAGAUAACGCAAGUGCCAUCUGUUUCUUUUUUUUUUUGUGUCCAUGCCUGCAUGGUUUACUAUCUCUUACAGUGAACCCCUACCAACAAGCUGAACUUUCUGUCAUUUUGUGCUUUUAUUUUACCUUGCUCAUGGUUAGUACGCAAGUUUAGUCAAACAUAACGUUGGCACUAUCGUGUAUGUGGCGGUGUCACAUACAUUAUAGUGCCAACGGAGAAGGACAUUUGAAAUUUUGGAUGCAGAAGCCCUUCGCCAUCCAAACAUGGAUUUUCCAAAAAAGGCAUUAAUCUAAGCUACCACCGCUGCUAUGUUUAUUUAUGUGCCGAUCUGCUCGCAGCUGCAGUGAUUUCCUAAUUAGCUUCGCCGAAACGCAAAGGUGUUAGCGCAGUCCAGUAGCAACACAUUAGGGUGAAGCAUACCAAGAAUAGGAAGGAGCCACUGUUAUGGGGCAUAUGUGUUCCUUAAUUACACACGUGUACCCACACUCUCCUAUCCUUUAAGCCAGAUGCAUUUCAUAGUUCUGUUACAAAGUGCUGCAAGGCCCCUUUUAAGCUUUCGUUUUACGUUAGUGUCUUCUUUUACCAAAAUGCAUUUUUUACCACCAGCCAUGGAACCAGUAAUGUUUUUGUGUUACGUUACUUGAAGCUGCAGCCUGUAAACAUGUUUUUGUGGGGAAAUAACAGUGGUGGCUCUGUUGAAUUGCAUGCUGACCUGCAAAGUUGAUUGUUUAUUGGUUAUCGGACCUCAUCUUCAAUGUUUACCUUGUAGAAUCUAUGCAUAUGUGCAGAGUCUCCACUUAGCAAUGAUGAAUAGCACUGACUGUUGAACUUGUGACUGCAAUAUCUACAGCAUUUUUUAAAAAUAUAUGUGAGUUCAAAUAAUUGUGUAUGCCUACCGAUUCAGAUACACAGAAGUGCUACUAUCUGCCACAGCGGUUCAGUGGCUAUGGCAUUGUGUCAUGUUAAGCAUGAGGUUGCAGGUUCAAUUCCUUGUCAGAUUGUGAUAGAGGUGCGAUGUAAAAAAAAUGCUUUUGUACUAUUCUUUAGAUACAUGUUCAAGAACUCCAGGUGAUCAAAGCUAAUUCCCUUCACUACAGUGUCCUUCAUAGCCUGCUGUGUAGCUUUGGUAUGUCAAAUGGCACAGCUUAACUCCAAGAGCUUUAUGUUUGCUGUACACAGGUUUCUGUACAUUCAUAGGUGUUGCCCUCUGGGAGUUAAUGCAAUACUAGAUGCACAAACAUAUUAACAACGAUUAAAGACACUCUAUUCAUAUACAUGAAUGUCAAGAUUGUGCAUCGAAGGUGUCACGCAGCUAAGUUUGAGGACACAGGUUUGAUUCCAGUUACGGCAGUCGCACUUAAAUUGGGGCAGAAUGCAAGAAAACCUGUGUACUUAGAUUUAGAUGUGUGGUAAAGAACCCCAGGUCGCCAAAACUAAUCUGGAGUCCCCCCCCCCCAUGCAGCAUAGCUCAUAAUCAUAGUGUGGUUUUGGCACGUAAAAUCCUAUAAUUGCAAGAUUGUGUAUUGUUACUCAUUCGCUUCAUUCUUGUAACAUGAGUAGCUGUCUGUCUUGGUAUCUUAAGCUUUCUGUAUAUGCUUAGUGAUGCUCAAGUUUUUAACUCAUCGCUUGAAUGUCUUGAUCAAACCUAUGUGUUCUCACUCUUCUGGGUUUUGCUAGCUGCAUUCCGUCUCAAUGCCAUGCGCCUUAUGAGAUAUAUGGCCAGGGGUGUUUGAACAGCAAGAUUUCCUAAUCUAAUUGCAUAUAGGUAUUUGAGAAAAACAACUUUUAAAUAUUGAGUCAAUCGUAGAAUCGUAUUUCCUUAUUUUUGAACAAGCAAAGUAUUCUGUACCUCUUUCGUUUAAAAAACAAUGGCAUAUUUCUAUUAUUUGAUACACACGAUAGUGUUCACUACUGGGCAUAAGUCUACUGAGCAGCUUGUAAAUGCGAAACAAUAAAGUGUGUUGUAUAUGAUGCACCAUGACAAUAAUAGCAAUAAUAGUAAUAAAACUGGAACAGGGCAUCACCAGAUUUUCAGAAUGUAGUGUGUGUUAUUGAUUAUCGUACAUCACUGAACAAUGUUUUAAAAUGUAAACAUCAUGAGACUGUCAAAAAAAACUAUUUUGCCUGAACUGUGAAAACAAACUGUAAAAAGCAGAAGCUAGCCACUCUACGUGUUUGCUCAUCAAAUGGCACAUUUGUGCACAACUACGGCUCUGCUGCAGCAGAAUCAUUCGGGCAGUUGCUACUUGCAUAUGUCUUUGUCCCUUUAGAAUGCACCAUUUAUUAUGUAUCUUUGAUAUCAACAGAAUUUAAUAUGGUUUCAUACACAUUGUGAUACCUCUAGUGUGAAACCAAGGUUUUAGCUGCUUUCCCCUGAAAGUUUUUUUAACGGCGAUAAUGUAAAUAAACAGGAAAUCAGCUGGCCU